AUGUUUAGCCAAAGGACAAGCUCCCAAAAACCCGAUGACGAAUUGCUCGCCAAUUUUCGCCAACAGUUCCCCCAAAUAGGCGCCACCACCGAAGGGGGCUCACCAGGCAUUUCUCAAACCGCCGCCGCCCCAGACAUGACCACAACCGCUCCCGCUGUUCCCAGCAUACGGCCAGAAUUUCAUGAUCAGGACCCCACACCCAGAGCCAACAACGACCCUUGGCGCUUCACGCCAUCGCUGCUGGAUCCCAACUCGUUUGCUUUCAACGCUUAUGGCCAUGGUAACACCGGCCUGUUUACCCCGGGCCUACAUGGCCCGCAGCAGCUCUACCAAUCUCAAGCUGGCGAUCUGCAUACACCCACCAUGGCUAUGCUCCAGAGUGUCACGACACCUUUCGGUGCACCUUCUUCUUUGGAAACCAUGCAAUCCGGCGCCGUUAUGGACCCUUCGGCCUUUCACGCUGUUCAAGGCCAGCAAAUUCACCAGUUCCAGCCAUAUCUCCAAGUACCCGGCCAGACAUUUCCAUCGUCGUCCUUUGUCCAACAAGAUACUGGCUACGAAACCAUGGAGCAGGAUCCUUCGCCCAUGAGUUCCGAAGAACCUGACCCCCGCCUCAUCGGCCUCAAAAGUCAUUUAGGGGCAACCGCUACCCUCAUGAGCCUUCCUCUGCCGCCUUCAGCCGAGAAGUUCCGAUUUCAUUCAACGCUCAAUGCAGCCACGGCAAUGGUGAAACAGGCAGACGAGAUUCCUAUUACAUACCUGAAUAAGGGCCAGGCCUAUUCCCUCUCCGUUGCCGAUACACAGGGUGUCCUGCCUGUGCAACCCGGAACACGAUAUCGUACAUUCAUUCGUGUUUCGUUUGAAGACGAAGAGCAACGCUCCAAACCCAGCGUGUGCUGGGGCCUGUGGAAGGAGGGGAGGGGCACUAAUGAGGCUCACCAGCGUGGUGGCAAGCUCCAAGCAGUCGAAUACGUCGAAGCCAGUCAGCCAGCGGAGGGCGACGAUAAGAGAACACGUAUCGAAGUCGAAUCCUCGUCAUUCGAUGGCUUCUGCGUUACUUGGACUCCUGGCACUGCUGGCGCCCCCGAGGUCAACAUUGCCGUCCGAUUUAACUUUUUGUCCACCGAUUUCAGCCACUCCAAGGGUGUCAAGGGCAUUCCUGUGCGGCUCUGCGCCAAGACUACGCAGUUAUCAGCAGGUGACGGAGUUGAAAUGAGCAACGACUCAAAGUCCGACGUGUGCUACUGCAAGGUCAAGCUAUUCCGCGAUCAUGGCGCCGAGCGCAAACUUUCCAACGAUGUUGCCCAUAUCAAAAAAUCGAUCGAGAAGCUGAAGCAACAAAUAGCUCAGGCUGAAAGCGGCAUCAAGGACAGCAAGAGAAAACGACAGAGCAUUGCCUCCAAAGGGGGCGUCGAUGGGCGCCCCGGGAAGGUGCAAAAGCAUAAGAGAACAUGGUCCAUGUCUUCUACCAGCUCCAAUAAUGGAGGCCGACCUUCGCUCGAGGAUGAUUUGCACUUUCGACUACAGACGCUCCAAGACAUGUUUACUAGCACUCGGCCGAUUAGUGUGCUGUUUCUGCGGGGUGAGGAGCCAGAUGACAUGGAUCUGCACCCCGUUUCUAUGCCGGGGGACCUGUCCCCAGCCACUCGUGAGGGACGCAACUGGCAGGCACGCAGCGGACGCAGCUCGGUGCGAAGCUCUCUGGUCUCGCCUUCUCCUAGCUCACUCUCUCUGGCGUCGCAGUCAUCAACAGGGGGCCACUGGCAAAACUUUGAUUCUCGCGGCCCUGAGAAGGUCACGACUGUCAAUCGAACGGAUGAUGCUGGCGUACUGAGCGGGUGGAUCGAGGCGUUGGGCGUGGACCCAUCGUACAAACCGCCGCAAGAACGCGCUGUGAAGCCUGUGGCCUGCUUCUACGUGCAGUAUGACGGCUCGUCCACUGAGAAGCGCGAGUAUUAUCGUGCGAUUUAUCUUUACCAGCGGUCACUCGCCGAGCUGAACAAGCAAAUUGCGACCAAGUUUGGACUAGAUGAGAGCCGCAUCAAGCGAAUUAUCCACCGGCUACCGAGCGGUCUCGAAGUGGAGUUGGAUAAUGAUGUUGUGCAAGAACUUCGCGAAGGACAGGACAUGCGACUCGAUGUGGAGGAGUUUGUCGAUCAAUCUAGCAAGGACUGGCAAAUGUCGGUUGACGGCGAAGAGGCCAGGGAGGAGAAGCAGACGCAGCAGUCGACGGGUUUGAUUUUGCGCCUUGCAUAUUAA